CUCCCGACGUGCCGACGCCACGCUGCCACGCUGCCACGCGCGCUGACGUUGCCGCGCAGCCGGGCGAAUGGACCAGUUUGCCGUGGUCGCCCUUUCCCUGCUCCUCGGGGCGCUCGUUUUCCUCAUCUCGGCGGUGCUGAGCAGGUCGCGGAGUGGACUGCCGCAGCAGGACAACAGCGGCGACGAAGACAGUAAAGUCAGUAAUGAUGCGAGCGAGAGGAAUGUGGCAUCAAAGAAGCAAAAGUUGCAACGUUCACGCAAAGAAAAGUUACAGCAGCAUGUGUUUACCCACCCGUUGCUGGCCACUUCACUGAAGGGCCACAACGGAAAUAUCAGCUGCCUCGAUUUUAGUAGCAAUGGGAAGUACCUAGCCUCCUGUGCUGAUGACCGCACAGUUCGAAUUUGGAGUACAAAAGAUUUUCUAGAGCGUGACCAUCGUUGUAUGCGUGCUAAUGUUGAACUUGAUCAUGCCUUGCAUGUGUGCUUCAGCCCUGACUCCAGAGCCUUCAUCACAUGGCUAGCAAAUGAAGAAACAAUUCGUGUUUUUAAAAUGACAAAAAGGGAUGAUGGUUCAUACACAUUCACUGCUGCGCCUGAAGACUUCCAAAAGAGGCACAAAGCUCCUAUUGUGAACAUUGGAAUUGCUGAAACAGGGAAGUUCAUUAUGUCUGCCUCCAGUGAUACUACCAUCCUAAUCUGGGAUCUGAAAGGAGAGGUUCUUGCUACAAUUAAUACUAAUCAGAUGAACAAUGCUUAUGCUACUGUGUCUCCAUGUGGAAGAUUUGUGGCCUCGUGUGGCUUUACACCAGACGUGAAAGUUUGGGAAGUAUGUUUUACCAAAUCGGGAGAAUUCCGAGAAGUAAUGAGAGCCUUUGACCUCAAGGGGCAUUCAGCUGGAAUUUACUCAUUUGCUUUCUCCAAUGACUCCAGACGAAUGGCAACAAUCUCUAAAGAUGGCACCUGGAAGCUGUGGGACACCGAUGUUCAGUACAAGCAGCAACAGGACCCAUACUUAUUGUUGACCAUGAAAUGUGAUGUUUCUGAUUCCAGCCGAAUAGCUCUUUCUCCUGAUGCCAGGGUGGUAGCUAUAUCGAAUGGCUUCAAUAUUACGAUGCAUAAUGCCAAGACAGGCAGUCAAGAAGAAGAAUUUCUCAAUGUGCACGGGGAGGAGAUUGCUGACCUGGCUUUUGAUAUUAACAGUAGGUUUUUGGUUUCUUGUGGUGAUCGUGCUAUCCGGGUCUUCCACAAUGUAGUGGGUUACCGAGCAGUUAUUGAAGAAAUGGAAGGCAGACUAAAGAAAGCAACAACUGAUGCAAUGCGGGAGAGGUUACAGCAGCAGAUUGAUGAUGCGAAGAGCGCAUUGGAUGUGAUUUAUACAAAGAAACAAUAAUACUAGCAAACUGGGUUGACUUCCAUUUCCUGUACUGCUGAGUCUCUAGGCUCAGUUGAAUGUUUGUGACUUCACUUCAAUAUUUUUUGUAACACAAUGUGGAUGCAAUAUUCCUUGCCAUUAGAUUCCAGCUAUCAGGUCUCAACAGCCAUUGGAAUUGAUGUGUGGAUCUAAUUUCAACCUGUUUUGGCUGGAGCAGAGUAUCUAUAAAUGAGAGUAUAUAAAUUUUCAAA